GGUGCAUGCAACGCCGCAUAAAUUAAAACAGUAUUCCUGCUCAGUGUGCGGUAGAAGAAAAAAUAUAUACAUACAUAUGUGGUGAUAAAUACUGGGAAACCCCGAAAAAUAUUUAAAUAUUUUUGUACAGUGAGUUCAUAUGGCAUGUUUUUAUAAAAAAGUUUAACGAAACUUUGUGAAAUUAUUCAAGCGAUAUUUCCCAAAAUUGUGUGUGGUUUUGUGAAGUUGUGAAGAAACAUUUGCUGUUGCCGGUUAAGUUAUUGGAGUUCUAAAACAAAAAUGAGUUUCAAAUCGAAGUAUCACAUCGAUGUUGAUUUUGAGGUACCAAAAAAACUGGGCUGGUAUUAUGCGCCGCUUUUCACCGCCUUUUGGUUUAUACUCUACCUGAGCAUAGUUCUCACACAAGUUGUACGUUUACCCACACCGCUAACACUUAAAGAUGAGGCCACAAAUUCCGACUCAUAUAUAGCCGAACGUGCCGAACAAAUUGUAGUCAACUUAGCACGUCUCGGUCCGAAGGUGGUGGGCAGUGAAGCGAAUGAGGUAAAAGCUGUUGAGCUGCUAGUCGCCGAAAUCAACAAGGUUAAGGCACAAAUGAGCGAUUAUUUCGAACUGGAAAUCGAUGUACAAGUAGCGACCGGUUCAUAUAUUCAUUGGACCAUGUUGAAUAUGUAUCAGGGUGUACAAAAUGUUGUCGCCAAAUUGAGUGCGAAAAAUAAUACAAGUGAAAAUUAUCUACUCAUAAAUGCGCACUUCGACAGCGCGCCAGGUAGUCCGGGUGCUGGCGAUGAUACUUCGAUGGUGGCAACAAUGCUGGAGGUGUUACGUGUUAUCGCCAAAUCGAGUGGACCACUACAAAAUCCCAUUGUGUUCCUUUUCAAUGGUGCCGAAGAGAAUCCGUUGCAGGCGUCACAUGGAUUUAUAACACAGCAUAAGUGGGCCAAAAAUUGCAAAGCACUAAUCAAUUUGGAUGCUGCCGGUUCGGGAGGUCGCGAAUUACUAUUCCAGUCCGGACCUGGCAAUCCAUGGCUCAUGAACUAUUACCGCAAAGUGCCACAUCCCUUUGCAACUACCUUGGCAGAGGAACUAUUUCAGAAUGACUUCAUACCAUCCGAUACAGAUUUUCGAAUUUUCCGUGAUUACGGCGGUGUACCUGGUUUGGAUAUGGCUUAUACCUAUAAUGGUUAUGUCUAUCACACGGAGUUUGAUCGUUUCAAUAUCCUGCCGAAAGGUUCACUACAAAAUACAGGCGAUAAUAUCUUACAUCUAGCCAGAUCUAUAGCUAACGCACCAGAAUUGGAAAAUCCAACAGGCAAUGAAGCGGGUCAUGUUAUUUUCUAUGAUUUUCUCGGUUGGUUUAUACUGUACUACACGCUAAACACCAGUAUCAUUGUCAAUAGCGUUGUUUGUGUGAUAGCUGUAUGUGCCAUCGGUGUGUCGCUCUUCUUCAUGUCAGCACGUUCGGGUCUUGGCUGGUUGGCCGUCAUUCGUCGUUACGCUCUCGCGUUUGCCGUACAAUUACUCUCACUCUCCUUGGGCGCAGUUUUUGCUUUAAUUAUUGCCGUAUUUAUGGACGGUGUUGGACGCUCUAUGACUUGGUUUAGUCAAACAUGGUUAAUAUUUGGUCUCUACUUUUGUCCAAUAUUUUUCUGCAUGGCCAUCUUUCCGUCAUUAUUCUUGGAGCGUACAAAGAAGGAUCUGCUGAGUUUGGGCUUUCGCAUUCAACUUUUCAUGCAUUCACAUUGUCUAAUGCUCAUUUUGCUAACGAUCAUCCUUACAGCGUUUAAUGUGCGUUCGGCUUUCAUGUUUAUGCUCGCUGUAUUCUUCGACAUAGCAGCUCUCAUCAUUAAUUUGAUUACAAAAUGGCAUCGUAGAGCUUAUUGGUUCGCCAUCGCCGUUAUUAUUUGCCAAGCGCUGCCGUUCCUUUACUAUACCUCAGUAGCACAAGAAAUUUUCUUUACAAUGAUACCGAUGAUGGGACGAUCAGGAUCUGCUUCUAAUCCAGAUAUUAUAAUUGCUGGAAUAGCGAUUUUAUUUACAUGCCUAUUCGCCGGCUUCAUAAUGCCACUCUACUCGUUCUUCCGCAAAACACGUACGAUCGCGCUUUGUUUCUUAGGCGUCACACUAUUCUUCAUAAUACUAGCGGUCACUCCAGUUGGUUUCCCAUAUACGCCCAAAGUAGCCGCACAGCGUUACUCGCUACUCCAUGCCAAGCGUAUACUACAUAAUGCCGACGGCACUGAACGUGUGAAUGAAUCGGGCGUUUAUAUAUAUGCGCAGGAUCGGCGUAUACACAUUGUGGAUGAAAAUAUCAAGAGCAUUGGCGAAAAGCAUAAAGUAAAUGAUGUCUGCAACAAUGAGCUCUUCUGUGGCAUGCCAAUAUUCAACCAUCGUUGGUACAAAGCAAGAGAAAACAGCUUUUGGAUACCCAUCGAUGAGGAGCCCAAUAUACCCGGCGUAAAGCCAACACUAACGUUGACAUCCAAAACGGAAGUGGACGCAUCCAAUACCAGCCGUUAUAGCUUUACGCUUACCGGUCCCGAUCAUAUGACAAUAUUUAUCGGACCGAAGGAACCAGCUAAAAUUACUAAUUGGUCGUUCAACGAUACAAUGAUUCGUGAUAAUUGGGAACCACCCUACUUCAUCUACUACUCAUAUGGCAAUGAUACGAGUCCAUUAGAUUUCUACAUUGAUAUGGAGACUACUGACUCCACCACACAAAAUUUGGAAAUCGGCAUAGGUGCUCAUUGGGUACAUCAGGCGGUGGUGCGUACCGACGGUUAUGAAAAGUUCAUUCAAGGUUUUCCGAGUUAUGCCUACGUGGCAGACUGGCCGGCUUUCUAUGAAAGUUGGUUAUUUUAAGGCGUGUUGGGACUGCAUAGUUUUAAUGUUAGGCUGUAAUGUCUGUUUUGAAGAAAUUCUUCAAGUAUGCUAUUGCAUGUGUAUAGUAAGCAUUGUUGUUGGGCACUGAAAAUCAUUUGUAAAGAUACUCGUAGUUUAUGUUUAGUUAUUAACAAGUUUUACUAAAUAAAUUAAGAAAAAACGAUAUUUAAAUUA